GGAGAAGAAAAGGGUGAAUUGGGGUUCAUCCUUGAUGGCUUUCCUCGAACCAUGAGACAAGCGGUAAGCUAAUUAUUUGACCUGACCAUAAGUAUGCAAAAACAAAUACUUGCCUUUGAUCAGGAAGCAUUUUUCACUUGCUUUCGUUAACGAAAUGGCCCGAUCUGUGGUUUGUUGGUCAAUGCCAUGUUUUUUUAUUACUGUCUUAUGCUGGGAGCAAAAUAGAAACAGAGAAUAGCUUCAAUUGAUGCCUUUUAGAACGGAUUCUGUAGAGCAACUCAUGGAUACUUUCUGCUUGUUUUAACAAACGCGGCAGUGGGCGAGCUCUGGUGUAGGUAGAAGAUGACCCAGAUCAUGUUCGAGACCUUCAAUACCCCAGCUAUGUACGUCGCCAUCCAGGCCGUGCUCUCUCUGUAUGCCAGUGGUCGUACCACAGGUAUCGUGCUCGACUCGGGAGAUGGUGUGAGCCACACCGUCCCCAUCUACGAGGGAUACGCCCUCCCCCACGCCAUCCUUCGUCUUGACCUGGCCGGUCGCGACCUCACCGACUGCUCAUCUGCGCUAGACUGUGUUUGUUCAAAAGAUAUUAUUCAAAUUUAACUGAAAGAUUUUAUUCGUUGCACAAUUAUUGUAUUGCUUUGUUUGUUGAAUAUUAUUUGCUUGGCGAUGGGCUGCUGUUGCUGCUAGCAGGAUUGAGAACGGAUGGGCUGCAAUCUAUUGUUGGUGCCUGGUAUCAGAGAGGGAGACAGGGGUGCACCUGUUCACAAUCUUGAGGUGAGAAUAUCGAAACUGUCUAAGAGACUUCUCGAGGUGAGAAUACCGAAACUCUCUUAAUUAGAGGUGUGUAGUAAUUACACAAUAACAUUAUCAAUCUUAAUUAUUUAUCUGAUUCCUAGCCAUUGUUGCCGCCUCAGCCCGCGCUCGACCACCGCCACCGCUACUUCAAGCAGUUAGCUUAGCUGUGUGGUAAAAUGAUUGGUUAGCGAUCUUUUCUACUU